UAUCCUUUUCUUCCAUACGUCUCUCCUGAACCAAGGGAGGCUAACCACCGUCUCUCUUCCUCUCAGUAUCUGCUAUAUAUAUUUCACUUUCUUCUUCGAUCGAUCUACUCCCAAAAUUUCAGGUCAUCAUCGACUGGCUUAAUUUCCGUAUAUAUAUAUAUGGAGAUGGAGAACUAUCAAAUGUUCUUUCCUUGUUCAUCGAACAUGGCUGCAACAAACUCAUCACCUCAAGUAAUUAAUUAUAACGGUGCUACAACUACAUUUCAUGGAGAUGCAACGCCAAAUGGGUUGUUCAAGUUGAAGACAGAGAGUUUUGUCCAAAGAUCGGAUGUGGUUAAAGGAAGUCAAAAUGAUCUUCUUCCUCGGAUGGGAGGGAAAAGUGAAGUGGGAAAUUCCUCAGGUGCAGGAAAGAAAAUUAAGGAGAAGAAGAUCAGGAAGCCUAGGCAUGCAUUCCAAACCAGGAGUCAGGUUGAUAUACUGGACGAUGGUUACCGGUGGAGGAAAUAUGGGCAGAAGGCAGUUAAGAACAACAAAUUUCCCAGAAGCUACUACAGGUGCACACAUCAAGGAUGUAAUGUAAAGAAGCAAGUCCAAAGGUUAACCAGAGACGAAAGCAUUGUAGAGACUACUUACGAAGGGAUGCAUACUCAUCCCAUACAGAAGCCUAGCGAUAAUUUUGAGCAAAUACUCAGUCAGAUGCAGAUUUACUCAUCCUUUGGAAUGUGAAUCUGAAUUUACAACGAUUGCUGAAUCUGUGUUCUUGAGUCUGUGAAAGAUAUGUGGAUUCCAAUUUAGUCUUAGUUCUUGGUGUGUGCAUGAGAUAAAGCUGCAAUAUUACUAGCUUUAAGAGGAGUGUGUAAGUAGCAGAUGAAGUAUAUGACAUGGGAGGAACAAUUUCAGUGUUUGCACUCUCUUGAAUCUUGAUCAGAUAAUGCUUGCUUUAAUUUUUCCUUUUUCAUCAGCUGUAAUUUUCCUUAAUUGUUCAAAUCUAUUAACAUAUGAACAUGUUUCUGCCUUUGUAAUUUGUAGCCUGUAUUAAAUAUGCCAAAAAUCA